AUGUUUCCUCAGCUCUGGACCACAGUGUUUCUUUCACACUGCUUUCAACUAGUGUAUUGUCAGGAUCCAGAAAUAGAAAUGACAGUGCCAGAGAUAAUUCGUUACUGGGGAUAUCCUGUAGAGAUUCACUACGCAGUCACUCGAGACGGAUAUAUUCUGGAAUUGCAUCGAAUCCCUUAUGGAAAGACCGGUUUUUUCUUUGCUGAUGCCGGUUUUGAUGUUUGGAUGGGAAACAUGCGUGGGAACAAAUAUUCCAGGAGACACGUUCUUUUGGACCCUCUCUUCAAGCAAUUCUGGAAUUUCACUUGGGACGAGAUGGCCCAAUACGAUCUGCCGGCGAUGAUUGGCCAAGCACUGAUCGUCUCUGGUCAACCGCAACUCUACUAUGUCGGCCAUUCACAAGGCACUCUCACGAUGUUUGCCAAACUUUCCACCGAACCCUCAUUCUCCAAAAAGAUCAAAAUGUUCUUCGCGUUGGCUCCAGUUGGCAACGUAGCGAACAUUAAAGGUCUUCUAAGAACACUGAUAUUCCAGGCACCGUCAGAACUCACUCUUCAUAUUUAUUCAUUACAGAAAUGGACAGAGGUCUUCGGAUCCAACCAGUUUUUAACAAGCUACUAUUUGACCGAAUAUUUAACGUCAGCGGCAUGUAAAAGCACGUUUCAACGUGAAAUCUGCAAACAAUUGCUAUUUGCAGCCGGUGGUCCUGGCACGAGUACUAAUACG